UCUGAAGGCAAUACUCUUCCAUCGAUAUCAUCUGCAGAAAAAAACGAUACCAAUAGGAUCUGAUAUUUCAUUUUUAUGCAAAUUAUCGGAAAUCACUAGACAAAAGCAAACUAUAUUGGCAAAAAACACGCAGUUAGCCUAGCUUAGCACACGGGUGGCGUCACGUGUUAUCCAUUUUUCCUCUUCCUGCCAAACAAGUCAAGUUGAGAGGCGUUUCUGUGAAAAGCGAGAUCUGCGAGCAGUGUUGAUCCUGCGAUUAAACGCACACAAAGGCGUCCGUCACAACACGGGAGCGCGCGCAGGGCGACGUGCACGUGCCGGGAGUGUAUAUGUCACCACCACGCACGCAUCCAGGCACAGUGUGCAUGAGUCUGGUCAGCAUGAGGCGUGCACGGCUGCUCUUCGUCUGCGUGACCAUGGUCCUCUGUGCACUUGCUGAGGACAAAUCCAGCAUUUCCCGGAGGCCCUCCUGCAGCGGGACCAGUGUGACCCGGGCGUGCCCCCUCAACUACUCGCCAGUUUGCGGCAGCGAUGGUGCCACGUAUCCAAACGAAUGCUCUCUGUGUGUUCACAGACUGGAGAAGAACUUGGACAUUGUGAUUUUGAAGGACGGCCCCUGCUGAUGGCAUCACAUCAUCAUAUGUUUUCCACACAUUUGUGUUCAGUGUAUCUUUCAUAGCAUUACAAAAAAAUAAAGUGUUUUCUAAUGUU